GGCUAACGUCAGCUGCUGCCUGCACCCACCCACCCACCCACCGACCCACCGACCGACCCGCUCGGACGGGAUUUCCACGGGAUAACAAAUGCUUCUUUGUGUAAACCUGGCAACGUGAAACCGAACAGGCCGGAUGGUAACGACCACGGACACACCACCGGAACUGGCAACCCUCAAUGCAGAAGAGAAACCAGUGACGUUAGCAGAUCCAUGGCAAAGUGGCUGAAGGACUACCUAAACUUUGGCAACAGGCGUGACCCUCCACAGCCCCCGAGGCCGGAUUACAGCGAGAGCGAGAUUCUGAGGGCUUACCGCGCUCAGAAGGAGCUGGAUUUCGAGGACCCGUACGAGCACUCUGAUAAAGAGCACCAGAAUGGCGGAUUCAGCUCCUGCACUGCCACGAUGAGCCUUCCCUCUUUCCCUGCAUUUGGUUCAGUGCUGCCUAACGGUGUGGAGGUGAAAGUGGUGUCUCCCAAACACAGACUCAUUAAAGUGGACUCGCAGGAGUUUGGCCGCUGUAAAAUCCCCCUGAGUCCUGUGACUGUUCAAGAAGAGCCAGUGGUUCCCUCUGCCCCAGCGGCGUCGGACACAGACACAGACUACUCUGACCCAUUUGAUGCCCGACCAGAUCCGAGAGUCAGACCAAACUGGGAGCCCAAACCUGCGCCUACGGACUACUGCAGCUACAUGGAGCCAUUCGAGGCCCAGCGGAUCAUCUCAGAACUGCAGCACAGCACGAUGACUAACAGGUCCGUGAGCGGAGACCCCGCCCAGUUGUACGACAACCCAUACGAGGAGAGGACUCGUCAUCACCACCACCACCACCGAGCUGCUCUACCAGCACAACAGCAACCUCUGAAGGUUGAGGGCGGACUUGGCCUGGUAGACGGCAGGGAGAGCAGGCUCCCGCAGGACGACGAGAGGCCGGCUGAUGAAUACGACCAGCCCUGGGAAUGGAAGAAGGACAACAUCUCUAAAGCUCUAGCAGUUCAGUUUGAAGGGGCAGAAAGGGAGCGCUCACGAGCUCAGACGGACCAGACCAGGCUCACCAAGUCGGGCACCACGUCCACAUCGACAGAAUCAACCACACUCCGUUUGGUUGGUGACACUCCACCUCUCCUGGGAGAGAGAGUGGAUCCUUUUCUCCCUCUGGAGAGACAAGUAUGGUACCAUGGAGCCCUGAGCCGCUCGGAGUCAGAAAGUCUACUGACUCUGUGCAAGGAGAGCUCCUACCUGGUGAGGAACAGCCAGUCCUGCCGCAACGACUACUCGCUCUCACUCAGGAGCUGCAAAGGCUUCAUGCACAUGAAGUUCACCCAUACCACAGACGGGCGUUACGUGCUCGGGGAGAACAGCCCUCCCUUCUCCACCAUCCCCGAGGUCAUCCACUACUACACCACUCACAAGCUGCCGAUCAGAGGCGCCGAGCACAUGUCCCUACUGUAUCCUGUCAUAGUUCAGACCCUCUGACACUGACGGACAAACUCUUUCCCCUGGUGCUACUGAAUACAAUAUAUACUCCAUAUUUAACUCUCUGUACCCCCCUGUUCCCUACCUGCCUUUUCACAAACAUUACUCACAACAGAUCGGACUGUUUGGUGCCAUUGUUUCCUUACUUUUUUUAUUUUAUUUUAUUUUUUACCAUUACCCCAGUAACUACACUGGCAGUUUAACAACAGAGCUCAGUGCCUCAUGAACCUUCGCCUGUGAACUGGUAUUAAUCACUGAUGUUCCUGUAUUUUAAAAUACCACAGACUCAUGAAAUCAGCGAUCAUUGCUAUUAAGAUUUGUAGCUGAGUGCUUUUAGGUAAAGGAGAAAAAGGCAAACUAUAGUCUUGAGGUAGAAUUUAGAGAAUAUUGCAUUGAGGUUUGUCUGUGAUAUAAUAGUGCAGAGGUGGACUGUACUGCCAGGUGACUUAAAGGGUGAUUUUUUUUUUCCCUUAAGCUUGUGCCAGUAAUCUAAGUUGAUUAUUCACCCAAGACAGCAGUUAUUCUCGUGUUUUGUUUUUUUUAAGUGACAAAAAUCAUCAAACAGUUAAACUACAGGUAGAAAGUAGAACAUGCAGUAAAAAUGUGCUUUAAACUGCAAGCGACACACGGUUAUUAUCCUUUUUUAAAUGUUAGUUACGUUAUCAACCAAACACUACACACGUGACCCAGGCCGCCUGCGAGCUCCGGGUUCCACCGUGUUUCAGACGCCUGAGAUUGUUCUACGAUGCUACUACUGCGAGCGGCAGUUCAUCGGGUUAAUGUGAGAAACGGAACGUGACGGGCGGUAUAAUGUCAAGACGGACACGAAGAGUUCGCCACACACAUAGUAACAGACUCCCGCAAUACUAGUUUAGAGUAAUAACUACAGUAUUAUAUUGAAAGCUUGAGGCUUUGUGAUCAUAAUUAUUAAAGAAGCUUUGGUAGAUUAUUUACUGUGCCGUUUUAUAAGAUUUGAAAUGUCUGUUCAAAAAUAAAAGUUGGAUGUUUUUAAA